AUGGAAGAGACUUACGAGCUUGAGGAAGGAGAGGCUGGCUGUUACAGAGACGAUGAUGACGACGAAAAGGACAAACAGAUAGACCCUGACGUUGCUCUCUCUUACAUUGAUGACAAGCUACAAAAUGUUUUGGGCCAUUUCCAGAAGGACUUUGAGGGUGGAGUUUCUGCUGAGAAUUUGGGGAAAAUGUUUGGUGGGUAUGGCUCAUUUUUGCUUGGUGAUGAAUCCUCUAUUUGGUUACACCCAAAAACUUCACAAAACAUCUCAAACUCGCCAAGAUCUCCUAACCAUUUGCAACUCAAGGGUGGCUCGUGGAUGUCCAAACCAGCCCCAGGUGUACCUCAGACAAGACAUAGAGGUGCUUCCUGUGGGCCCCGUGCAUUCAAUACUCCAGCUAUGACAUCUGACAAUGUUUCUGUUAAACGAGAUCCUUGUUUAUCCUCCAAUCAAGUUGGUCACAAGUUCAACUUGAGGGAUGAAAAUCCAAGUCAAUCAGGCAACAUACCUGACCAAAGGUCGCUCAAGUUCCGCAUAAAAGUUGGGUCUGAUAGUAUGGCUCAUAAAAAUGAAGCUAUAUAUAGUGGUCUUGGGCUGGGAGAUUCCCCACCUUUGUCAUCCGGGAAUUGUCUCGAUGAAGGUAGUGAUAUGCUGCUAGAAUCAUUUGAAGCAGAUGGUUCUCCUACCAGCAUUGUGCAGGCAAUGACUUCUUUCCCUGUUCCUGGGAGUAGCCUGAUAUCACCUCUACAUGAUAGUCUACUUUGUAUCUGUAAAAGGGAAGGGCUCUCCAGGAGCGCCCAACCUAUUAUUGUCCUUAAGAGUAACAGAAAGUGUCCAGGGCCAUCCGUGGAUCAGUCCAUUUCUGGUUGGAAUUUGGUGGGUCGUGAGAUGGAGAAAACUAAUGUCUCUGGGAAAAUCGAACCAGAAGUGGAGAUGAAAAGUGGCAACGCUAUGAAGAACCUAGAGGAUCAUAGUGAAGUUAAGGAUACGAAGUAUAACCGAUCAAGAGCCGUGGCUCUCUCGGAUACACUUUGUGCUCCCGACCCAGUCAUGGGCCCUGGCCUCACCUCUCUAUUAUCCAAGGAGACUAAUGAAGAUGAGCUCAGGAAUAAGUUGUUGCCUUCUGAUAUAUUGAAGGAAGAAUCUCUGGAGUCAAUAUUAGCCCCAAUUAGUUGCAAGGUUCAGAAGGGAGAUGCUGACGCUUUUUCAAGCAAGAAAUCUUUGAAACGCGCUGUUAAUAAUAAGGAUAGUUUGACAAAGCAAAGGAAGCUUGUUAGUAUCAAAUAUGUCAAAUCCACUGUGCCUUUUAAACCUUGUGUUGAUGAUUUGGAGGCAGGGGCUCUGUUGAAACUGAGCCAGGAAGCUACAAGUCAGGUUGAAAAGGGGACUUCCAGGAAAGAGGGAAUUGAAGCUGUCAAGCUAGGUGGGAAGAAAAAGAAACUGGUUGAAGGCAAGAAGCAGUUGCAUCAAACUGAAAGCCAUAGAAAUCCAUCUGCUGUUAUAAAGAAGGAAAGGUUUGAUGCAGUUAGUGUCACAGCACCUAAUCCUACUGUAAACAUCGACCUUGAUGUGCGUGGAAGAAGCAAUACGGUUCACAAGUUUUCGCCAAAGAAGAAUAUCGAUAAAACUAGAAAAAAUCAGAGAGCUGCUGUGCACAAUAGAGCGGGGGCAAUGGAUCAUAGCUCUAGUCUGCCCUCUCUUUGUAGACUGAAUAAUUCUAGCAUCAAUACUGUAGAGGCGGAGCAAAGUGCUAAAUUGAAGAAAAGUUCCAGUGUUAAAAGAGUUGAUAAGCUUCGGAUGUCUGGACUGUCUGUCAAAGGGGUGUCACAUGUAGGUCCUCAAGAUAAUGUGGUCACUGAAGUGUUUCCUCCUGCAUCUGGAGCUACUCCUGUGAUAGUCAAGGAAGAUUGGGUUGCCUGUGACGAAUGUGAAACCUGGCGUUUGUUACCAUUCGGCAGAAAGCCAGAGGAUCUUCCAGACAAGUGGACGUGUAGUAUGCUGGACUGGCUGCCUGGAAUGAACAGCUGCGAUAUCAGUGCGGAAAUGACUAACACAUUUAAUCAGAUUGAUCCACAAAAUCCCGGUUAUGGGGUUGCAUCAGGAUCAAAUACUGCAAAUCAAGGUAAUAGCCAGAAUCACUUGACUCUUGACUCGCUUGCCAUGUCUUCAGAGGGAAAAGAAAAGCAGGUUGUCAAGGAAACAGCAAAAGCACGCAGCAACCAUGGCUUCAUCGAGAAAUCAACUUCUGCUAAGAGCCGCUUGCUGGACUCUGUGAACAGCAGAAGCUUGAAUGAUAUGUGCCAGCCAGUUGCUGAACUCAGUUUGGCGAACAGAUACAGUUCACAUCACAUGAGUGAGUCAGGGAACUUGGUUGUGGGCACUUCCACAGCUAACUUGAAAUGUGAAGCUGCAGAAUCAAAAUUGAUUAACAAGAGUGAGAGUGAUCAUACUCCAGGCAGGAAAUGUAAGAAAUCAAGGAUUGAUGACAUUGCUGCAGAGCGGAGAUGUAAGAAGUCAAGGACUGAGGACAUUGCUGCACACCGUGGCCUAUCUGUUGACCUGGGGAGGGCAAGUCUCGGUACCAAAGCUGUUCCAAAUAUUAAGGAUGGUGCAAAGCAGAUCAAGUUAUCAAAAGAGUGUGCCUAUGCGAGGGAUGUGAAGAGUGACUCUCAGGAAAGAUUGUUGGGCUCUGUGAAGGUGGGACACCAAGCUCAAAUAUCUCCAGAUGGUGGAUCAUUGAAUGCUAGGAUACCUGACAGAGCUGAAAAUCUGAUGAAAAAAAGAAAAUUGAAGGAGUGGCAAGAGACUCGGCUCAGGGCUGCAACAAAUUCCGGUGCAGAAGAAAGUUCUGGUAGUAAAUUGAACAAGGAAAAGAAACUAAGGAAGCGUGUAGCUAGAGAUCCUGGUACUAAGACUGUUCAGGAUAAACUCCGCAAAGAGGGAGGGGUCCCAAUAGUUUACCAAGGCGUUGAUGAUGACCCUGUGCAUGUUUUUGAAGAAGUCAAAGAUAUUGACAAGGGUGCUCUGCAGCUUAAGAAACAAAGACGGAAGGUUGAUUCAUCAAGAAACAAUGUGGUAAGUGCACAAGUGGCUAUGACCACCAAUUCAAGCUCUUCAAAGGUCUUGGAUUCAUGUAAAACUAUAGCAACCUCUGAUGACUUCAAAGGAUCACCAGUAGAAUCAGUUUCUUCAUCUCCCUUUAAGGCCAUGUUGCAGGAGAAGCUUGGAAUGGCCAGAGGGGGCAAUCUUGGGAAAGACAAUGCUGUAAAUGGCAGAACUUUCUUUGCUGAAGUGAAUAGAUGCGGGGAUCUUUGUGGUGAUGGUGAAUUGAGUGAAGCUGGAGUCACUUCGAUGGAGAAAGCAUCUGGUAGUUUUCAUUCUCAACCCCUCAAAUAUUUUCCAUCAGAUCACAGAGAUGGACAUGCUAAUCACAGAGUCGGUGGGAAAACAAAAUCUUCCACUGUGCCUGUUGGUAAUAGCGUAAGUAUGGAGCAACAACACUGUUGUUCUAGCGAAUUGCUCGAUGCCAAGAACAUCCAUGAUGUAAAUAGAGAGAAGCAAAACAAUCGCGGAUACACAUUGUUGCGGAUCAAAACGGGCAACGGCUCAUCUUCAUUGGUGAAGGUUCGUACUAAUGCUUCCACUUCUGGGUUUGUUAAAGAUAAAGUGAAGGCUUCAGAUGUGCCGAGUGAGCAGUGGCCCAAAUCUUCGAGCCCCGCUCGUAAAAGGAAGCAAGAUAGUCCUGAUAAUUCUGGCGACGAACCUAGUAAAAGUGAGGAUAAUGCAAAAAGGAGUAGUUCUGUCGGACGAUGCUCUAGAGACAGCAGGUUGAGACUGCAGUUGAAUACUGGAGACUGUGAUGAUUCAGAUGCAAAAUUGGAUACACCACUUGGCAAGAAUGGAAAUGUUAGCCCCUUGAUUAAUUCUGAUGAUGACAAUAAGCGAGGUUCAACACGAGAAGACUCCAGAAACCGGAUCCUAAAAGUACUCCCGUUUGCUGAAGGUAAAGGUAAACCUCGGAGUCAGGGUCAUGAAUCUGUACUGGGCUCUCAACAGACAGGUGAACUUCAUGUUCUGUCUAGUCAAGCCUCAGAGAAAGGUGAUAUGUCAAAGGCUUUGCAACAACACCCUGGAAAUCCUGGCAACAAAGGCGAGGCUUGUCAAAGUUUGAAACAGCUUCCAUCUGCUUUCAGAGAGGCCAGAGGUCAUAGUGCUAAGAGUCCCUUGAAAACAAAAUCUUCUAGCCAGACUGCUAGUGAUGCUUUGGAAAAAGCCCAAAAGCAGAGAGAUUGUGCUGAUAGAAUGAAGAGCUCUGGUUUUGAUUUGGAAAGUAGGGAAGCAUAUUUCCAAGCUGCUCUAGCAUUCCUUCACGGAGCUUUUCUUCUGGAAGCUUCCUGCUCUGAGGGCGGUCAACAUGGAGAGAUGACUGCAAUGCAAGUCUACUCUUCUACGGCUAAGCUUUUUGAAUCGUGUGCCUUUGAAUAUGAAAAACAGAAUGAAAUGGCUGCUGCUGCUCUGGCGUAUAAAGGCAUGGAAGUAGCAUAUUUCCGGGCGGUUUCAUGCAAAAGUUCUAGCUUGACUAAAGAUCGGAACGAGUUGCAUGGGUUCCUGCAAACAACUAUCCAAGGUGAUUCACCAUCUUCCUCUGCAUCGGAUGUCGAUAACUUAAGCACUCAUGUCACAGUUGAUAAGGCUCCUUUAUCCAAGGGAACACUCCCUCAUGUUGUUGGAAACCCCACUGUUGUGCCCAGAAACCAUGCCAGUCUCGCUAGAUUGAUCAACUUUACACAGGAAAUGGGUUCUGCCAUGGAAGCAGCAAGAAAAUACCAGAAUGCUUUCAUAGCUUUUAGUUCAGCGUCGGAAGUGUCACAAAAGACCGAGUUGAUUUCUUCUGUCAAGGGAGUUUUGGAUUUUAGCUUCCAAGAUGUGGAACGCCUCAUAGAGCUACUGCGGCUUGCAAUGGAGGCUAUAAAUCGUUCGGGUUUGGAUAAUACCAAAAAGAUUAAAUAA